GGGGUGGUGAGGGGAAGUGGGGAGAAGGAUGGAGGAGGGGAACAAGGCACCGUGGAGAGCAGUGAGGUUGAUGAAGCGAGGUGGAAGGAUGAAGCAAGACCUGAUGAAGACGAGGAUGCAGGCAGUGAGUGCGGCUAUGGCAUGAAGGCGGAUGUGUGGAGCAUGGGCAUCACGCUGUGCUCCAUGCUCACUGGCCGACUGCCCAUCGUCAAGCCGGCUAAACUGCUGGCCAUCAUGCACGCCCAGCAGCAGCACCAACAGCAGCAGCAGCAGUGGCAGCGGCAGCACCAGCAGCAGCAACAGCAACAGCAGCUGCAGUGGCAGCAGGAGUGGCAGCAGCAGCAGAGGUGGCAGCAGGGGGAGCAGGGAGUGUGGCAAAUGUGGCCAAGUCAAUCCCAGGGUAGGGAGGGGGGGGCAGCAUUAUAUGGGGGGGGCAGGCAUCACCAUGGGCAGCAGCAGCAGCAUGUGAUGGCGUCUCAAUCUCAGAAUGACCCCACUCAGGCGAUCUAUGCACCCACAGCAUAUGCUUCGCACAGCUACACUGGCAGGGACCCUGCAUUCUCUAAUGUCACUCUCCACACACUCACCUCAGCCCCUAUUUCGUCUUCAGAUACCAGCAUGGUACCUGUUGACAUGAACAGUAGUUUGCAGAUAGACUUCGAAUCUCCUGGCUGGAAACGAAUCUCCCCAGCUGCGAAGGAUCUCAUCCGCCGAAUGCUCUGCAUCAACCCUGAUCGACGGCUGAGCUCGCUUGAGGUGUUGGAGCACCCAUGGCUGAACCAACGGUCUGUGAGAAGCCGGGACUUGUCUGCACUUUGCCCUGCCCUGCUUUUCCAUAAACCCUACCCAUCCACAUCCGCACCCACAUGCACAUCCACAUUUACAUCCACAUCUGUGCCCUCGUUUUUAGAAAAUGCAUCCAUAAUGGCAUUGUGAGAGCUUCACAUGUCAAGGGAUGCUUGGUUGCCAGCAUGGCAUGGUUUGCAGCAGGCAAUGUGGUGCGUGGCAAUGCAGUAAGUGAGGGUGCUUGGCCAAGCACCUUUUCCCUCAAGAUUGGCUUCAACUCCUUCAAGGAUUCAAUUUCUUUGUCGUCUUCCAGAUUAGCUUAUUGUAGGAUAUUUGGGGGUUUAUAGGCUGAUAGGUUGUUGCAUAGCCACCUCAGCUGUGCUAAUAAUGCAACUAGUGGGUGUAGGAUUUAGAGUUUUGUGGUAAAUUAGCACCUGAUUGCAAAACCAGCACUGCACCAGAUUGUCGUUAUG